CAGCUUGCCUGCCUAUCUCGGAAGUUUCGGCCAAAUGUAUCUCACGCCUAUCUGUGGUUGAUAGGAAGGGACAGCCUCAGGGUACGGACCUCCGAUGCUCAUGUUAGAUUUUUACCAGAGUUUGUAAAGGUAGAAGACAUAUCCUUCUUCUACGACGUGUUUAUCUUGUGCGACGACGAAGGAGAAUCAAACCGUCAACAUCCCUUGAUCCGCGACUCAAGGCAGGGACUCGACGCCAGGAAGAGGCUUCAUCACGUGAACUAGACCUUCGAACAUGGAGUUUGAUCUCAUUGUCAAGAAUGGUCAAAUUGUCACAGCCAGCGAGGUCCUCCCUCUAGGCCUAGAAAUCGGAGUCAAAGACGGCAAGAUCUCCUGCAUAGGAACAUCCUUACCCGCUUCAUCCUCAACAAAAGUCAUAGAUGCAGAAGGAGCCUACAUCACUCCUGGUGGCAUCGACUCCCACGUCCAUCUCGCCCAAGCAAACUCUCCCACCGGCGAUGACUGGGAAACUGGCUCUAGAAGUGCAAUCGCCGGCGGUACGACCACAAUCAUCGCUUUCGCCAGUCAAGAGCGCCAUGAGGAGUCUCUGAUGCCAGUGCUGGCAGACUAUCACUCCAAAUCCAGAGGUCAAAGCUACUGCGAUUAUGGCUUCCAUUUCAUCUUGACCAACCCGACAAAGGAGAUCUUGCAAAAAGAACUUCCGGUGUUGGCGCAACAGGAGGGAAUUACCAGUGUAAAGCUUUACAUGACUUAUGAGCCGAUGAAGUUGAAUGAUCGAGAAUUGCUUGAGAUCAUGAUGGCCUGCCGGAAGCUAGGCAUGACGACAAUGAUCCACGCAGAGAACUCCGAUAUGAUUGCUUUGAUCAUUGAGGGCUUGGAAGCGAAUGGCAACACGGAGCCAUUCUUCCACUCCAUCGCCAGACCUAGGAUUGCCGAGGAUGAAGCUUCAUACCGAGCCAUUUCGCUCGCUGAACUUGUCGACGCGCCGAUCUUGAUCGUGCACAUGUCUUCUGAGACUGCGAUGGGGCAUGUAAGAAAAGCACAAACGAGGCUUUUGCCCAUUCAUGCAGAAACUUGCCCUCAUUAUCUGUUCUUGCUGUCCGAAGAGAUCAAAUCAAAACCGCAUGAUCAUUUCUCUGGAGCCAAGCAUGUUUGCUCACCACCACUGAGACAUCACACUGAGGAUUUGGAAGCUCUUUGGCGUGGGGUCGCAAACGGCACAUUCACAGUCUUUUCAUCUGAUCACGCACCUUCCAAGUACGAUCAUCCUGGAGGCAAGAAAUUGGGUGUCGUCGACGGUAUUCCCAGAUUCGCGAAAAUUCCAAAUGGUCUGCCGGGCGUUGAGACACGCAUGUCAUUGCUCUUCAGCCAAAGUGAAGGAUGUCUCCCUCCCAAUCAAGCACGCCUGGGAUUGCCGAGAUUCGUGCAGCUUACAUCAGCGAAUGCAGCCAAGAUGUACGGACUGGGUGGAGUCAAGGGCAGUAUCGCUCCUGGUUAUGAUGCCGAUCUUGUCAUCUGGCAUGCUGAGAGCAAAGGCGAAUGCGUGAUCAGUCAGGAUAUGCUGCAUCAUGGAGUUGAUUACACACCCUUCGAAGGCGUGAAAGUCCGCAACUGGCCGAGGUAUACCAUCUUGAGAGGCAAGGUUGUUUGGAACAAAGAUGAUGGACGCGUGGUAGGAGAGAUGGAAUACGGACAAUAUCUCAAGCGAGGAAAGGGCGAGGUAGUUGUUGGAAAGACUGGUGGUAGAGUCCAUGGUAUGUUGGAGGACGAAAGAAAGUUUUGGAUGCAGUGAGCUACGUUGGUCAUCCGAAUGCCAGCAGAGUACGCCUGCUUGGAUGAGAGUCUUUAUCGUGAUGAUCAGUUGAUCAAGCCUCCAUCCAUUUUUUUCCACUCAGUUGCUCGUAACGUGCUUUGAGUUCCUCCCCCGAACGGACGUCCUCGUAGCCUUCGGGCAUAACUUCAGACCAGUCAG